AUGGCAAUCGGAGGAGACGAAGGGUCCCUCAAAGUGAUUCAACUACCGGACGAAGCAGGUAAUCGAGCAAUGAAGAAGGUUACAUCUGUUUAGAAAAGGUCAUGAAGGGACCCUUCAAAUCAUUCAUUCAUUUGGAAGGUCAUACCGCCUCGGCUAGAGUAAAAUAUGCCUGUUGGAACGAGGUGUUCCAGAAAUUGGCCACUUGUGAUGAAUCCGGCCUUAUCAUUGUGUGGAUGAGUCAUGCUACAGAAGAGACUUGGUUUGAAGUAGGCAGUCAUUGUUAAGGAAGUAGCUUCAGGAAAUGAUAAACAACAGACAAAAGAGUACAGUUGUGGCCAUAAAAUGGUGUAACGAUGGGACAAAGAUAGCCAUCGCAUAUGAAGAUGGGCAAAUUAUUGUGGGAUCAGUAGAUGGUAAUAGACUCUGGAGUAAGGAAAUCACAACAAACAUCUCUCAAUUAUGCGUAAGCGAGAAGCAGAUGUAGAUUAUUUUUUAGUGGAAUGCGUCUGACACUAUUAUCUUAAUCGGAUUACAAGACGGUGAUGUCCAUGGUUAUGAUAUGAAUGGAAACUUUGCCUUUAAAGUCCCAAUGAUGUGUGUUGAGAGUGUGGAGUUACAAACGGCACUUGAGAGUGAGGACUUAUCUAACAUAUUUGAAGGAUAAAUCAUUUCAGAAGAUCUCAAAAAAGAUGUUAUUGUCUGUAUGGAAUGGUAUGUCUCCACACCCGCAUGCAGAACUGAGUCUCAAGGAGGUGAGUUAUACAUAGAUACUGUAACACAAUGGGAAACUGUAGGACCGAAUGGAGAGCUACCCCGGUUAAUACGGCAGAAUACAUUUGCCAUUGAUCCCAUGGUAUUCCGCGGAGAUAUUCCCGAUGAUCAACCUCGGUUCGUAGUGGCCUAUCAACAUGGAAUUAUUCAAAUCAUGAGGAGCGAAAUAGAUUCUAGUGAGAUGAGACUAAUAUGAAAAAUUAUUUUUAAAAGGUCCCAUUGUAUGUCGUCUGGCCAAUACAGUAAUCAUUCAGUGUGCCUGGUCUCCGGAUGGAUCUAUCUUGGCUGUAGCCGGAUAUCAGACAGAUCUUCCGGACGAGGAAAGAAAUCUUAUCCAUUUUAUCACUCCUUUCGGGGCAAAGAUUCAAACGAUGAAACUCUCGGCCGGAAAACUUUCAGGGAUUACUUGGGAGGGAAGUGGACUCAGAUUGGGAAUUAUCAUGGACUCCAACCUCUACCUGGCCAUAGUCAAACCGGCUUAUAAGGUAAUCUAGCUUCAUCUCAGCUUAUUUUUCAGUGGGCAUUCUGUGGGAAAACUUUGGUAUACACUUACAAAAACAUGGAUGUGGGGGACGAAAUGAUUAUGUUCUAUGAAAGCAAGAUGGAUGACACCUUCAAGAGACAAACAGCGGAUGUGUGGCAACUGCAGGCUUGCGGAGAUUACUGCGUUGUAGUCAGCCAAGUCAACGAGUUGGGUGGGAUUGUAAGUGAAAGUCAGCGUAAUCAUUUCUUUCCAGUACAAAAUCGAAGUUUGCGACAGCAUCGGAACACCAGUAGACUCCACCCAAACAAACGUAGAGCCAUUUACCUUAUCGGUAUCCCCCGGGAUAGUCGUUAUGGCCUCGACAGAUCAGUUCCUGGUAUGGUAUUACAAUGUUCCCAGGCGAAUGACAGUCGAUAGGAGUGCACAAAAAACAACUCUCCCUCAAAUAUACCACGUUGACGACUACAAAAUCAAUCGAAAUCAGGAGAAUGGAAGUGCCAAGAAAGGAAAUCGGAUAGGAUUCGAUGGUAUUUGUUGUGUUUGCACUGGAAAGGAUAUGAUUUUAGUGGUAAGUAAAGAAUGUUGUGCUAUCAAAGCAAUUUUAAGGGACGAGAAUCAGGUACGGUCCAUCGAUACAAUCUCCCGGAUGUCAACUUAGUUCAACGAUAUCAACUAUCAUAUGCAGCCGAAUCCAUGGCCCUAAACUCAACCAGCACCCGGCUGGCCUUGAUCAACAAACAUCAUCUCCUAAAAUUCUUUGAUAUCAAGGAUAACAACGCUAUUGUUGUUCCCAAUUUUGAAAGAAAAGAUGUCUGGGGCGUGAUCUGGGAUAAGGACAGAGAAGAUACCCUAGUUUGUAUGGAGAAACAAAAGGUAAUCGUUAUACAUGGAACGGACACAGAAGAUCCCGUCCAGAAUACUGGGUAUUUGUGUGACUUUACUGACCUGACGGUUAAAUGUGCCCAGCUGGAUGAGGUCUUGAAAGAUCCAGAAAACCCAACGAAAACGGCGAUUAUUAGUAUCGAAACAAAGACACUGAGACAAGCCAAGGAACUUUUGGACCAGGACAAAAUAAGUGAGGCCACCAAAUUCAUCGAGUCCCAUUCUCAUCCAAAAUUGUGGAAUCUUCUAGCAACAUUUGCAUUGAACAAACUCGAUCUGAAGACAGCAGAACAUGCUUUUGUGGAAUUACAAGACUUUGGAGGAUUACAAUUCUUGAAGAAGUUAAAAAAUAUUAAGGUAAGUAACUAAGAAUUGUAGAUUUAUAAGAAUUUUGCAGUCAGAAGCCCUCAAAAAGGCCGAAGUAUGCACUUUCUUAGGAGAUCUCGAUACUGCUGAACAUAUCUGUUUUGAGAAUGAUAGAAGGUAAGAACAUAAAUAUUGUUAAUGCAAUUUUACGUCGCAGAGAUCUGGCCAUUGAUAUGAGAACCAAGAUGAAUGACUGGUUUCGUGUCCUUCAGAUAUUACAAACAUCUUCAGGACCUGGGGAUGACAUUAUGUUACAGAGAGCUUGGAAACAUGUCGGGGAUUACUUCAUGGAAAGACAAAAAUGGUAAUUAAAAUUACAGUAACCUCAGUCUUAAUAAAGGCAAAGUGCAGCUAAGCAUUAUGAAAGCGGACAGCAUUACAAAGAAUUAGUGAGGUGCUAUCUGAUGAUGGAUGACUAUGCUCGACUAGAAUCAAUCGCUCAACAACUACCUGAUGGCCAUGAAGUCCUCAACAAUCUCGCAGAGAUCUUUACAAACUCGGGAUUAUGUAAUCAAGCGGUUGAAUGUUAUAUUCGAGUAAGAAAUCGAAUCGAUGUACUAACAUAAGUUAUGUUAUUGUAGUUGGGCAUGGUAAAUGAAGCAUUGGACACAUGUAUUCGACUGAAUCAAUGGGACAAGGCAGUAGAAUUAAGCGAGAAAUACAAACUUUCUAAUGCUAUCAAUCUCCUUAACAAUUACGCCGAAGAAUUAACUGGUUCUAUCGAGAAGACUAUGGCAGCAGCACAAUUGUACAGAAAAGCAGCUAUGUAUUUACAAGCGACUAAAAUAACAUUCGACGUGAGUAAAGGAAAAGAGAAAAAAAUUGUUUUUAGAUUGCGAGAGAUCAAUUAGAAAGACAAUGUCCGCCCGUGAGAGUAAAAAAAUUAUUUGUCAUGGGAGGGUUACUUAUCGAACAGUACCGAGAAUACAGUAAAUCACAAGUCGUCAAGAACAAUCAAGACAAUCUGGUAGGAUCAGAUUAUUCCCUUGUCAUUGUUUUAGUCGACCGCAGCAAUACAAGGUCUACUCGAAGAAGAACACACCUUAUCUAUCGAGGAUUCGAGACUAAUAGACACUGCCUGGAGGGGAGCCGAAGCCAUCCAUUUCUACAUGUUAUGUCAGCAACAAUUACAUCAACAUAAGUUUGAUUCCGCAAUGAAGACAGCACUUGUGUUGACCGAGUAUGAAGACGUUAUCCCCACCAUCGAAAUCUACAGCUUAUUAGCAUUGGCCAGCUGCCAAGCAAAACAAUUUUCAGUCUGCAGUAAGGCAUUUAUGAAAAUCGAAUCAUUGGAGAAUGUUCCGGAAGAAGAAAUGGAGCAAUACAAUGCUUUAUCCCUCAAGAUCUUUUUAAAGUGAGUGUCUGACAUAACCACUGACAUCACAAUAUUUACAUAUAUUCAGAUAUCCUCCCAAAGAUACCAAACAGGCCCGGGUUGAAUGCCACGCAUGCGGGGCCAUGGUGAUGGACUACGCGACCUCAUGUUCAAAUGCCAACUGUGGAAUAAAAUUCCCGAUAUGUAUAGCCUCAGGUCGUCCGAUCCACGACUACCAGUUCUGGUUAUGUCCAUCGUGUAAACACAGGGCUUACGAACAGGAAAUACAAUUUGCGCGAUAUUGUCCUCUAUGUCAUUGCGCUGUUUAA